AUUUUGUGAUAAAAAUUUCAAGGAAAAAACACACACGGCCUCCUUCCUCUCUUCCUUCAGGGAGGGAAGAGAACUUGAGCGGGGAGAAAAACCUAUCCGAGGCAGAACAGGGACAGUGAGAAGAGGAGUUUAAGGAGAGGGAGAAGAAGGAGGAGGAGGAGAAGGAGGUGGGGGAGAGCAAAUUAAAAGUUGCCAAAUGGAGAUAUUGGGUUUCAAGCUGGGCGACAAGGGAGUAACGUUCGUUCGACUCGUCUUCGCGUUAUGCUAAUCGGGAUAAAUGUUUACGGACCGUCUGCGGUUAAUCCCGACAUAUUUUCCGCCGAAUUCGGACUGACGGUAGCCGGAACAGGCGUCGUCAUCGCUGCUAGCUAACCUCCACUAGGCCGUUCUUUGUUGUCAAAAUACGCUUGGAUUCGGAUGGACCUGGUACACGCUGGUUCCUAAUGUGUUAGGACGUUUGUUUGUACUGCAAUGAAGCAGUGACCGAACGCUCUCCGAAAGCGGUCCUUCCCACAGCUGAGGUAGCACGUCGACGGGCUGGGCGAAGGGCGUUAUGUCUAACGCUAGAAUGCGAUUAUCCCUCCGUCGUUUCGGACUAUUUUUGGAUUAAAACCCACAGGCGAGCCACCCGUCAAUCCAAAAUAACUAAAAUACCACUUGGACCGACGAUACAGAACCACUGUGGGCGUUAGCAUGGUGUGGCAACCGAUGCUAGCGCCAGAACCACGGCGUCUCCUGACGACAAAUGUGAAUAAAAACUGACAAUAUCACUGUGAUGAAUAUGAACAUACACCCGGGACCACGUCAAAACCAAACCAUCCACUGAUUGAUAAUAAGAGCAGCGUGAUCCGAGUGACCCUGAGCAGUUAGCAUGUCGGUUUUUGUACAUUUUAUGGCAAGACAGGUGACUAUAAAUGGAACAGAAACUAGAGCCUGUGAAGCUACAAGCACUUCGCUUCAGAUGGUUAGCCAACACUCAAGUCGUGUGUGUAUUUUUGUUACUUAAAACACGACAUAAAAUGAAAUCAGAUAAACGUCAGUCGCGAGCGCACGUUUUCUUUCACGGUAUUAAGUGAGGUGUCGUUUGACAGUGCCCUCGUGAACAUUCGCAAGUUGUUCAGUAGUACCAGCUGCUUUCUUUGUUAUCAGCAAACAAAGAUGGCGGCUGUGCGCUCUCCCUGCAUAAGAAAACAAGCUCUCCCCUGUCCGCCAUUUUGUAGCAUUGCACCACUCACAGUUCAACCCAGAUACUUGAAAACCCCUUGUUGUACCCAUCCACUUCACGUACACAAGCAGGACUCUGUAAUUGACAAGUUUGGCUGAUAAAGACUGAAUCCAUGGUCCCUGCCAGAAAACUGUGUCAUGGAUGAUGAAGAUGACCGCCAUCUUCUGGAUAUUUUAGGAGAUGUGGAUGCACUGAAUGACUAUCUACAUGGCAGCAACAGCAAGUCCAUUGAAGAGGAUGAUGUGACAAAUGCUGCAUAUGGCUCUGACACCUCUUUCUUCGCCGGCGACUCGGUCCAUUCCUCCAGCCUUAAAGACGGUUCUUCUUCUCUGGGCGAGUUUGGGGAGGAUGGUGCAGCGGAUAGUCUCCAGCUUCCCUCCAGCCUUUCCUUCAUGGAGGAAGAGCUGGGCACUAGGACGUCCUCACCUGGGGAUCUGGACCUUGGCGGGGAGGACCAGCCCUUUGAUAUCCUGCAAAAGUCUCUGCUGGAGGCUGACAUCACAGAGCAGACACUGGUCCAGGAAGCACUUCUGGACAAUCAGCCUGCCCCCCCAACUUUGGUACAGGCCCCCGUCAGCUUUCCCUCCCAGCUGGUCUCUGGAGGAGGGGGUAGCGUGGUGGCUACUAUGGCUCCUACUGCAGUAAACUCUGGCCAGAUCCAACUACCCAAUGGUUCUGCCCAGCACAUCCAAGUGUUGGGCUCGUUUGGGUCCUCGGGUGAAGUUAUGACUCUGAAUAGUUUUGAUCGGACUCCUCAGAUUGUGUUAAGACCAACUGGUGCGGUCGCUGGAGCAGCAGCAGGAGGGCAGGUGUUCACACCACAGCAAGGACAAGUCGGCCUUCCCUUAAAGAACAUUCCCCUCCAAAACAUCAUCAUCCAGAGAGGCCCAGGAGGUACCCAAACCCUGGUCAAACACAUCCAGCCCAAACCUCAGCAGCCCCAGACUGUCUACAGCUUGCAGCCUGCCCCAGCGGUGACUGCCAACACUGCCAAUGGCCCCGUGGUGGUGCAGUCACAGAUGGACUUGAGCCAGGCCAACAUCUCCCAAGGACAGUUCCUUCUCCCCAACACACUAGCAAUCUCUCAGACUGGCACCAUUCACAAUGGCCCUGCUGACCCAAACCUCAUGACGAGUCAGAACACUGUUCAGAUCAUUGCAGGCCAGAACUUCACAGCACAACCAGGUGGUCAGCUCAUCCUGAACCAGGGUGUGGUCAGCACUGGUCAAAUGAGUGUCACUCCGACGUGGACCCGAGUCUCCUGUGCUGGAAACACACCAGUGCAAACCACCAGCGCCCCUGGUCGUCUCACCCUGGUCGGUCCCCCCACGGGAGCUCAAGUGACUGGCAGUGCAGUGCAGCGCCUACUAGUGACUCAGACCCCAAACUGCAUGUCGUUGACCCAGUUAUCAGGCGCACAAGAUCAGACUUCUCCAGGGACUGCACUCAAGCAGAACCAACAGGGGCAGAUCAUGAAUGAAUCCAGCUCUCAGGUCGGCGCUCAGAAGAGACCUGCCCCAUCACCCCUCACUAAAGGAGGCCUAGUCCUGCAGCACCUGAGAAGCGACCAUGUCCAUGUGGACUGCCCCGGGCGGCACCAGUUCUCCUCAGUCAGUGACGCCCUGCAGAGACUUCUGCCCUAUCACGUGUUUCAGGGAGCCCCACCAGAUGAGGACCAGUUCUCAGAGGUGGAUGAAGAGUUUGAGCUGGUGGCCACUCAGGUGCUGGCCCGGACUCAAGCAAUGGUCAACAAGUACAGACGUCUGCUGCUGGUGGAGGCUGAGAGAUCCAGUCCCUCAUCUGAAAUUGUCAUGAUCGAUCGGACCUUUAACCAAGAGGAGAGAAGUAGCCUCACCCAGGAGAAGAGGCUUGUUCUUGUCGAUCCAGAUGCCUUCCUGGAUGAGUUCUGCUGUGGAGUGAAGUCCAAACAAUUCCAAGCUCCCUCGCCUCCUCCGAAGAGUUCAGGCACCAGAGACUCACAGUCUGGUUCUGGAGAGCCGGAUCGAGGGACCAGGCUCCGUAUAUCACUCCCAAAAAUCAAGAGACGAUCAGAGAGACCACAGGUACAUACCAGUCCAGGCAGCGACCACAGCCAAACAUCUGCACCGAGUCCUCCUAUCAAACCACCCCAGAGCCAAACCUCUUCUCCUGAGCCAACCGGCCCAAGUGACACAGACUCGGCUCUAGAGGCAGCGGUCAACAGCAUCCUGCAGUGUUGAGACCCUCUGCUGUGCGACAUUAUGUGAUCCGCAUCUGGUCCGAUCCAGAUAUGAGGCCAUGUUGAAAAAUGUUGCUGUGGUUAGGGGUUCACGUGAAGACCAGUUUGGGGAUGUGUGCAAUUUUUUUGGACAAAUAAUUAAGAAGUCAAAUGUCCUUCGUUUUUUAAAUGUCAUUUUGUAUUUGGUUAGUGAAUAUGCAACACACAUUUUUGAGCACCAACCCAAAACACUUGGUUUAAAAUGUGCCAGUUUACUUUUUGUCUGAACGCUAAAUGGUGAAAUGGGGGGGAGGGAGACUGUGCCUGCUUAUGUUGAAGUUCAAUUUUGAAAUGUUUACAUGAAGUUUAUUAGUUGCGUGACACAAACACACACACACACAGUAACCAUCAGUGACAACUGCAAAAGCUCUGAUCUUACCCAGCACGUUUGUCUUCUUUCCAAACCCAAAUAUCAAGACAUAUUCACUGCACUACAGCGCAGAAAAAUAUUCACAUGUUUCUAGGUCUUCAAACUCAAGUGGAAUUUGACUCUUCUAUACCAAAUUAAAUUUUGAUUGGGAGAUUGUUGGUCCGAACCUGUGCUUGUCCAGUGAAAAUGUCAAGUUGAAUUCGACAAGGGAAUUCUAGAUAACAUUGGAUGUUUAUUUUAUUCUUCUUUCCAGUGACCUGGCACUUAGUUCAGCAGUGAGAAGUUUUGUUUGAAGGCAGGAAGCAAAUAUUUUAGUUAUUGCAGUGAAUGAAGCUGCGUCCACGCAACUACAUUCUUUUAAAGUGUUCGAACUAAAAGUUCAAUGUUCUGCUCAGCCUGUGUUGCUACAUUCUGACCCAGAAAACCCAAUCUCAAAAAAGGGGUGGAGUGGACGCAGUUUUAAUCACGCCUUUUCUUUUUUUCAAAGUCUUUUGUACCUUACAGGUAUGCAAACCCCGACACAAAUGUCUUCAUCAUUGUUAGUGCCUGGGGUCGUCCUCAGAUUGAGGAAGUUACUAUUAUUGCUUUGAGUUUUUAGUUCAGUCGCAGGAUUUUCACAUGCGAACUUGACGAUCGCCUUCGUCUCAGUGAUUGUAUUUCUGUCUACCUUUUACUGGUCAUAUCGGUGUGUAACACUUAACGUUGAUAAAUGUUUUCUCUAUUUGUGGAGAUGUUCAAAUAGGUUUUUUUUUAAACUAAAGCAGCAGAACCAAACUUAACAGGAGGAGGUACUAUUCUUCUGAAUUAACACCAAGACCAGACAGUUUUCUGUAACACAAUGAUCAUUGUGCAAUGUAGCUGUGGUUAUUAGAGAUAUAUCGGCUUGCAGUGCAAAAGUGCUAACAUUGCUAUGGUGAUAGUUUCGACCGUGUUCCAAUGAGUAGUGAGGUAUAACACAUUGAAGAAAAUUGCGAUAGAUUGGCAGUUUAAAUCACAAAAACUAACAGGUGAAUUAGGUGAAAGCUAACCUAGCUUAAGUGCUAAUGUAGCAUUAGCAUUGAUGUAAUGCUACAGUUACCUAAAUAUUGUUCUUCACAGGAGGAGCCAAGAAGAAUGUUAACUUGAUAUUGCUUGCUAGAAAUGAACUGUAAAAACUCUCACAGUUGUGACUUUGACUUUGCAACUGUAGCUGCAAAGCGUGCUAGGUGUUUGAUGAGCUUAAUCUUGACUCUUUUUCCUGGUAUUAAGCAGGAAUGGUCCACAUUUGAUGCAAAUAUUUUAAUUGUGGUCCUUAAAAUGUUGCAAGAAUAAGUUCAAUAUUUUUUCCCACCCUUCCUGCUGCUCAUCACAAAUACAAACUUUAUUUACUCUUACUUGCAAAAAGAUAGUGUUUUUUUUUUUUCAACUCUACUUUGUGGAGGAUAUUGCUUCACUUCCUGUCAUGAAAGUUCUUUUGACGGUCCUUGGACUUGAUUCUGUAGAGUAGAACCCUCCUCUGAUGUUAACCUGUGAACCACAUCUGCCAAUUAUUGCUUGGGAAACAGAUGGAUUACAUUUUUUUGUUUUCCUUUUAUAUCAAGAUCAUUUCUGUAUUGGUGUUUAAGUUCCAGUGAUCUCUGGUGGUCGCUUACAUGUCUGCAUCGGAAUCUGAAGUUGAGACAAAUGUUGAGAUUUGUUUUUGUUGUUUUUCAUUUGCUGUUUUGUACAAAAGAAGAAAGUGAAACACAAAAUAUUUAUAAUUUUUGUAUGGAGUAAACAAAAGAAUG